CUUAGGGAAAUGAUUCGCGAGUACGCCGCUGAGAUGCUUGGGACUAUGGUCCUCGUCCUGUUUGGGAACGGAGUCAACUGUCAAGUCGUGCUCGGUAGCAAUACCAAUGUGAGCGCCACAGAGAAGGGUGACUACACCUCCCUGUGCCUUGGCUGGGCAUGCGGUGGUGGCCUCGGCGUUUGGAUCUGUGGCGGUAUCUCGGGCGGUCACAUCAAUCCAGCCGUCACUCUUACCCUUGCGACGUUCCGAAACUUUCCGUGGAAGAAGGUUCCGGGAUAUAUCUUCGCUCAGUUUCUCGGCGCUUGGAUCGGCGCUAUGCUCGUAUUCGCCAAUUAUUUCCAUGCGAUCGAUGUGUCGACUGGGAGGACGACACCUGGAACUGCGUCGUUGUUUGGUACUUAUGCGCUUGAUUAUCUUCCGGCUGCUGGUUGCUUCUUUGACGAGUUCCUCGGCGCCUUCAUCUUGGUUUUGGUCAUCCUGGCGGUGACUGACAAGAGGAAUGGACCGCCUCCGGCAGGAAUGGUCCCACUGGUGAUAUUCAUUGUCUUCUUAGGCAUCAGUGCCGCGUUCGGAAUGCAAACAGGCUUUGCGAUAAACCCUGCCCGCGAUUUUGGACCGAGGGUCAUGACAGCAAUGAUGGGCUACGGAAGGUCCGUCUUCACUUUCCGAGACCAGUACUGGCUCUGGUGCCCCGUCAUCGCGCCCAUCUGUGGCGGAAUGGUCGCCGCCUUCGUGUACGACUCGCUCCUCUUCCUGGGGAGUGAAAGUAUUCUCAAUAGGCCGAAUGCCGAGGCUCGACGCCUCCAUGUUCAUGCCGCUCACGCUCAGAAAAGCACGCCGCACGCUGGCCUUGGGUUGGCGCGCGACCGCGACGAGGCCGACAUCGUUUGAUCACCAGAGAUCGAAAUAUUGUGAUCAUUGACUCCGUUAUUUCCGAUGCACAGCUGUUUAUGUACCUCUAUUUCUCUUCCCCGAGGUUUUGUUUCGCGCAGCAUACACAAUCUCUCUGGUCUUUGGUUUUGUUCAACUGUCUUUGUUUUUGGAUGGUUGCCUCCACAUGGUGUUGUAUUUGUGUUUCGUGCCUCUGGCUUGUUGGCGGGUAACGCACUGAGUCUGCUGG